AUGCAUCCCGCGCUGGAGGUUGCCGAAAUUCGCAACCUCAUUUGCGAAGCUGUUGAGCGCGACGAGCUCAAGGGGCUCCUCGCAGUGCUUGCCCAGACUUGUCGAGCGUUUUUCCAGCCUGCGAUUGAAGCCCUGUGGGCUAGCGUCGAGCUCGGGGAUUGGCUGAGAUACACGAUGCCAGAAGAUGUGUGGGAUGCCGGCUUGGAUUCCCGAAUUUUGUCGCCGCGGAGAGACAUUGUCCCCCAAGAUUGGACACGCUCGGUUAUCUACGGCACUUGCAUCCGCGAUUUGGCCUGUCCGUCCUCCGGAGGAUCCGCGCUCGAUGUUGCCCAAGCGCUGGGUGCAAUUCUCACCUGCCCACCCCCCGGAACCUGCCUCGUCUCGCUCAAAUCGCUCACCUGGCAUCAGAACAAUCUUACGGCUAUGCGCCCGUUCCUCGGACCGAAGCUGACCAGCCUUCACAUCUGGUCUCCCUGCUUAGAGGGGAGUACUGGAGAAAACAUGCUGUUUCUGUCGGAGGUCUCGCACCGGUUCGCCAAGACAAUGCGGGAUGUUGGCUUGCACUUCGAUACGUCGGACGACGAUGGGCCCGCAGAUCUACUCUCUUCUGCGUUCGCUGGCUACGAAGAUUUGCGUUCAGCUUCGGCGCACCUGGCAAACCAGCGGACUCUCGUUUGUCUAGGUGCGCUUCCACGACUCCAGUCCCUCUCGACCACGUUUGUCACCAAUAUCGAGGAUCUCGCAAUGCUCUCCGUUGAUACAGCAUUCUUUCCUGCCCUGGAAAUGCUCGAUCUGCAAUCUGUCACACAGGCGGAGGCAAUCCUGUUUCUCUCAACGUUGACCAGGUCGCCACUGUCAGCCCUCGGACUCGGACUCAAAGAACUCGUUCUCAAUUCCGCCUUCGAAAACCUAAUAUCGACCGUGAGGAGCUGUCCUGCAUCGGAACUCCGCAUCCUGGACAUCUCAAGCUCGGAUCACCCCGAGGGUGGCGACUUAUGGAGCCUGGGCCUCCUCUGCUCCCCGUUUUUUUCCUCUCUCACGCGCAUUUAUAUCAAAUCCCACGUCGGUUUCGACAUCACUAACGAUAGUCUAAGCGCUCUUGCGCAGAACCUUCCGCGCCUGCUCGACCUGUGGCUUUGGACCGCCGACCCCGGCGGCAAACUCGUCACGCUUCCCUGUCUUGCAACCUUCGCCGAACACUGCCGCUCACUCCGUACGCUCAAGAUCCCCCUCGACGCGCGUGAUGCUCCAAGGGCCUCCAGCCUUCUGGUGUCUCCCCCGUUCCCACGUCAGAUGGCACUGCGUGAGCUGAUGGUGCUAAAGGCCGGGAUCGAGCACCCUAGCGACGUCGCAGCGUAUCUCAACAUGCUGUUCGGGGCAUUGACGACAAUCACGACCAGGGCCGACGAGCGCGACGGGGCCAGUUAUGACGGCGCAGAUGAGGACUCGUGGACUCGUAGCUAUUGGCGAGAGGUGCACAGGUAG